AUGCCUAACUAUUAUAAGAGUGAAGCCCUGUAUUUGUCUGGUGGUGAUGACAUCGUUGAUCUUGUUCCCGACUAUGAAGAAAUUACCGCACGUACAGAGUCAGGUAACAGCAGCAAUCUGAAUCUCAGCAAGACUACAAAGGACUCGUUCAACAUCUCAGAGGAGUCUGUUAACUUCCUCAAAGGCCCGCUGGUCACACGGAUCAUGCCCUCGUUGUACAUCAUCAUCAUCCUCAUUAGUUUGCCCCUCAACGCUUUGGCCCUGGUGGCGUUCACCUGCAGGAUCAGAGAGAAGAAGCCGGCGGUGAUCUACAUGUCUCAGCUGGCGUGUGUGGACCUGCUCUUCGCCCUGCUGCUUCCUCUGAAGAUCCACUACCAGCUGAACGCUUCAGAUUGGGUGUUCGGUGAAGCGGCGUGUCGCGUGCUCACCGCAGCGUACUACUGCUACAUGUACUGCUCCAUACUGCUGAUGAUGUGCAUGAGCGUGGACAGGCUGCUGGCCGUAGUGUUCCCCGUCGCCUCUUUGACCUGGAGGAGCGCAAGGAAAGCCACAUGCGUGUGCGCGCUGGUCUGGAUGCUGACGCUCGCUGCUAGCGCUCCUCUUCUCUCCGUAUCGCAAACGUUCAAGAUAAAGGAUGUGGGCGUCACCUGCCACGACGUGCUGAAUCACGCAGAGGUGUAUGUGUACCUGUUCUCCAUCCUCUCCUGCCUCUACUUCUUCUUGCCGCUGGUCGUCACUUUAGUGAGCUACUCUGCCAUCAUAUAUGUGCUCACCACCACGCCUAAUGUCUCGAAAACAUCAUCUUCAGACAAGAAAAGGAGAGCUGUGAUUAUGGCUAUAGCUGUGCUGAGUGUGUUUGUAAUUUGCUUUGCACCAACCAAUGGCAUCUUGUUUUAUCACUGUGUUCGUUUAUCCACCGCAGGAGGCACCGAGGAGGGCAAAUAUUACGUGAUAGCUCUGUGUUUGGGGAGCGCAAGUGUGUUUCUGGACCCUCUUCUCUACUACUAUGGUUCGUCUCAAUGCAGAGAGAAGAUCAGCUCUCUGAUCUGGUGGAGGAAGAAUAAAACCACACUAUCAAACACAAAAAGUUGA